CGUACCCAUAGUGAGGAUGACUUGUACCACCCAACUACUGGAAAACUACACAGCAGAGGCAUUUCUGGAGGGGCGGGAGGAGAGCUGUCUGCACAUCCUCUCACUUCACACUGUCUAUGAUUGUUUUAGGGUAACAGCAGGGUGGUGAUUGCCAUAAUAAACUAGACCCCAUGAACCUUUCCAGUUUGGUAUCUUCCUUUUGGGAGCAGUGCCAACCGCAUUCAUGCUUCAGAGAAAAGUGGAAACACUGUUAUGCACCUCCUGGGUUCAAGAUGCUGGACAGGAUAUGGUGGCUUCCUAUGCCACACCAGGAACUGGUAAAUCGAAGCUGGAUACGCUGCCCAAAGAAGAUCUCAUCAAAUUUGCAAAGAAGCAAAUGGUGCUUAUACAGAAAGUGAAGUCAAGAUGCACAGAAUUGGAAAAAGAGAUUAAUGAACUCAAAUCAAAACCAGGCACUGGAGGAGCUGAUGAUAUUGUUCAGGUUCUCACAGAGAGGUUGGAUGUUGUUCUUCUGGAAAAAGCAGAGAUCCAGCAACAGUGCAUAGCACUCAAAAAAGAAAAUGCUAAAAGGAAACAAGAAGCAGAGGGUGCUGUAAUCAAGACAGAAGAACUGCAGAAGCAGUUGGAACAAUCAAGCAUUGACCACUUGAAAGAUAUUGAAGGAUUUAAGAAUGAAAUAAUAAAAGCACAGACCAAAUACAAUGAAGACUUAACACAACUGCAGAAAGAACUACAGGAAGAAGUGAAGAAACAAAUGGGACUUGCAGAACAGCUUGAACUUCAUAGUAGUCAACAAGAGGAAACUAAAAGACUCCAAGAAGAGGUCCAGCAAAUGAAACAUGUGUAUGAGGAACAGAUGUUAUGCCUGAAUAAACAAUUGGAAGUUAUCAGUCAAGAUAAAAACAAAGAAAUUGAAAAUCUGCAAGAAAUUAUCAAAAAUAAUUCUCAACAUUACUGUAGUGUAAUCAAUAAUUUGCAUGAAGAGCUUAUACAACUAAAGGGUACACAGCAGGAAGGGGUGUCAGAAUUAAUGCAUCAACUGGAAAACUCUUCAAAAGAAUCUGAAGAGGAGAGAAAUCAGAUAAAUCAGCAACAGCCAGACAUAACAGAGCAGCACUUGAUAAAAGAAAAUAUGAAGGGUGAACUAUAUGCUAGUAAUGAGAAAUAUGAACAUGAACUGGAACAGCUAAGAGAAUCUGUAAAUGAAAAUAAAGAAAACCAGACAGAUGGUACAUAUGUACAAGGUGAAACUUACAUAGACCAAAAAAUGGAAGAAAAGGUCAAACACUUGGAACAUAUUUUAAAAGAACUGGAAUCUCAACAUAGUAUAUUAAAAGAUGAAUUAACCUAUAUGAAUAAUGUUAAAUUAAAACUGGAAGAGGAAAUCCAGCAUGCAAAGGAAGAGUAUUUUCAUGAGCGGGAAGACUUGGAAUUUAAAAUUAAUGAACUGCAACUUGCUAAAGAAGAUCAUGGUUGUAUAAUUGAAAAACUAAAAUCAGAACUCCAAGCAGCUAGGCACCAAUAUGAAAUCACCAUAAAAAAGCAUAACCUAGAAGUUCAAAAUCUGAGAGAACAACAAGAGAGACAGAUUUCUGAACAACAUCAGACUUUAUUGUCAAGUUCAGAAAAAGAAAAUAUGGCGUUGGUUUAUGAAAUGGAGGAUCUGAAGGAACAGUGUCAAAGGCUGAUACAGGAGAAGGAAGAAGCAGUGUUCAAUUAUGAGAGUGUGAGGGAAACGCUGGAAACUCUACAAACUGAAUUGGGGGAAUCCGCUGGGAAGAUAAGUCAGGAGUUUGAAUCGAUGAAGCAACAGCAAGCUUCUGAUGUCAGUGAGCUGCAGCAGAAACUCAGAGCUGCUUUCAAUGAAAAGGAUGUUCUUCUUGAAACGAUGAAUCGUCUUCAGGAAGAAGCAGAAAAAUUAUCAUCUAAGCAAGCUGAGAUAGAAGAACUUAAGCAUGAAAUAGUCACCUUUCAGGAGAAGAAUGAAGCAAUGGAGAUCUCUCUCUAUCAAAAAGAGGCCAUGGUAAAAGAACUGGAAGAAAAAGUGACUAGUUUUGCAUCUCAAAAAGACGGUCUCCUAAAUGAAUUGAAAUGCUCUGCUGAAGAGGUAGAAAAUCUCCAAGAAAUGUGUAAAAAAGAACAAGAAAAGGUUCUGGAACUUCUGCAACAAGCAGAAUUUGUUAACCAGAGCAACAGUGAACUGAAAAAAAAUGUAGAGGAUUUAACAGAGACACUAAAAGAAACUUUAAAAGAGAAGGAUGAGAAUAACGAAAAGUUAGUGCAAUUAGAGGAACAAAUGAAAGCUCUCUUGCUUGAUAGAAAUAAUCUGUUAUCUCAAGCAAAUACUCUUCAUAAAGAAAAUGAGAAAAUCAGUAAAGAAAAAGACAAAAUAAGUAGUGAUCUGGAAAAGGUUAUCUCUGAAAAGGAAGACUGUCUAAUGUUUAAAGAGCAAGCUCAAAGUUUAAAAAAUAAAUUACAAAGUGCUGUUGAGGAAAAAGACCAGUUGGCUAUGUUUCUUGAAAACAAACAAGCACAUGCAUUACUUGUCAAAACCCAGCUGUACCAUUUGCUUGAGCAAAUAGGGUCCAGACUUUCAGAUGAUGAGAAGGAACAUGAUGCUAUUAAUUUACUGCAGGUUGCAAAUGAAUCCUUGGCAAAAAUGAAAGAAGAAAAACAGAGCCUUACUUUGCAGAAUGAUGAACACAUUCUUAAUUUACAACAGAAGGUCGAGAGACUUCAGGAAGAAAAUUUAGUUCAAUGUGCAGAGCUCAGAUCUUUGUUGGACAACCUUGAAAAAGAAAAGAGUCUCUUAACAGAAAAAAUAGAAGUAGCUUUGUCAGAAAAAAAAACAUUGACAUUAGAGAUCCAAGAGAUGAAGAGUGCCAAUGAAAAAGUAAGGAAUGAAACCCAAACGCAUGAGCAACAGAGUGGAUCUUCUACAGAAGAGCAAGAAAACCUAAAACUAAGUCUAGAACAGAGAGAGACUGAACUUAGAACUGUGAAAGCUGAAUUGACUUCUCUAAAGAAUUUCAUGGAGAAGUCUUCAGUUCAAAAUGACCAACAAUCUUCAGUAGCAGAACUACAAGAAAAAAUUGUAUGUCUGGAAAAGGAAUCUGCAGAGAGAGAAGAGAAGUUAAAUAAAGUUAAAGUCAUUGCUGUGAAAGCAAGGAAAGAAUUAGAUUCCAGUAGAAAAGAGGUGCAGUCUUUGCGAGAAGAAUUAGAGUUGGUACGGUCAGAGAGAGAUCAUCUGUCGUCUUCUGUGAGGGACAUCAUCCAUGGAGCAGAAAGCUAUAAGAAUCUUUUGCUGGAAUAUGACAAGCAAGCUGAACAGCUGGAUUUGGAAAAAGACCGAUCAAGUAAUCUUGAACACCAGAUGGAUGACCUUACAAGACAACUACAGACUUCAAUGCAGCAGCAAGACCAACUGUCCUCUGCCAAUGAAGACCUUGUGGCUCGUAUUGAAACUCUCCAGUCUAAUACUAAACUGCUAGAAGCCCAGAUAUUAGAAAUGCAAAAAGCCAAAUCAAAAGUUGACAAAGAACUGGAAGCUGAAACACUUCUAAAAGAGCAAAAGAUAAAGGAUCACAGCAGUGCUGUAAGAGAGCUUGAAGAGCUUCAGCUGCAACAUCAGAAAGAAAAGAAACAACUUCAGAAAACAAUGCAAGAGCUAGAGCUGGCCAGGCGGGAUGCACAGAAGAGCACACUAAUGGAUAUGGAAAUGGCGGAUUAUGAGCGUUUAGUGAAAGAACUUAAUCAGAAGAUUACAGAUAAAAAUUGCAAAAUGGAAGAUCUUGAACAAGAGAUCAAGAUUCAAAAACAAAAACAAGAAACACUACAAGAAGAAAUAACUUCUCUUCAAUCUUCUGUGCAACAGUAUGAGGAAAGAAACUCCCAGAUAAAACAACUGCUAGUGAAAACCAAAAAAGAACUGGCAGAUUCAAGGCAAGCUGCAAAUGACCAUCUAAUACUCCAGGCAUCAUUAAAAGGAGAGUUAGAGGCAAAUCAGCAGCAAGUGGAAGUCUAUAAGAUUCAGCUAGCUGAACUAACAUCAGAAAAACACAAGAUUCAAGAACACCUGCGGACCUCUUUAGAGCAACACCAGCGCACUUUGAGUGCUUACCAACACAAGAUUUCAACCUUACAAGAAGAAUGCAAUACAGCAAAGAUAGAAAAAACUACUGUCACUUCUGAAUUUGAAAGCUACAAAGUCCGCGUUCAUAAUGUUUUAAAACAACAAAAGAAUAAAUCUGCUUCUCAGGCUGAAACAGAGGGAGCCAAGCAAGAAAGAGAACACAUGGAAAUGGUGAUCGACCAAUUGAAAGUGAAGUUGCAAGACACCCAACAUAAUUUACAAAUCAGUGUUACUGAACUCCAAGCCUUGCAGUCGGAACAUGACACCCUGCUGGAAAGGCACAAUAAGAUGUUACAGGAGACUGUGGCAAAAGAGGCAGAACUCCGAGAAAAGAUCUGUACAAUACAGUCUGAGAACAUGGUGUUGAAAUCUGAGCAUGCACAGAUUGUGAGUCAGCUGACAACCCAGAAUGAAUCUCUUCGGAACAGUUUCCGAGAUCAAGUGAGGCAUUUGCAAGAAGAGCAUAGGAAGACUGUAGAGACAUUGCAACAGCAGCUCUCCAAGGUAGAAGCCCAAUUCUUUCAACUUAAGAGUGAACCUACCACAAGAGGUCCAUCUGUUUCAAACGUGCCAGUGAAGAACUUGCGAGAACGGAGAAACACUGACCUUCCUCUUCUUGAUAUGCCCGCUGUAGCAAGGGAAGAGGGAGAAGGAAUGGAAACCACUGACACAGAGUCUGUGUCUUCUGCCAGUACCUACAUGCCAUCAUUGGAACAACUUCUUAGUUCUCCUGAAGCAAAAUUUGAACCACCUGAAGGGCAAAUAGAACUCACCAAAGAAGAAUUGCUCCAGAAGCUAAACACAACAACAAAAAGUGCUGAUCAUUUGAAUAGGUUGCUUCAUGAAUCAGAAGCAACAAAUGCAAUACUAAUGGAACAAAUUAAGCUUCUCAAGAGUGAAGUGAGACGACUGGAAAGAAACCAAGAACGAGAGAAGUCUGUUGCUAAUCUGGAAUACUUGAAAAAUGUACUGCUGCAAUUUAUAUUUCUGAAGUCAGGGAGUGAAAGAGAGAGGCUUCUUCCAGUAAUGGAUACCAUGUUGCAGCUCAGCCCUGAAGAAAAGGGAAAACUUGUUGCAAUAGCCCAUGGUGAGGAAGAAAGUGCAUCACGGCCCUCUGGUUGGGCUUCGUACCUCCACAGCUGGUCAGGACUUCGAUGAGACAAUGGAAAUCUUUUAGACAUUCACAUUCCCCAAUUGCACUACCAGAAAAUUUGUACUGAAGAAGAAUGAACCUUAAAUGUGUAGCAUUGAUCAUUUUCAUUUUUCUAAUUUUGAAAAUUAGCUUAAGCAAUGUGUCUUAGCCUAAAAAUUGGAAUAGAGGGUUUCUAAAGAAUGUGCAUUGUUACUUUCUGAUGCCAGGUUCUGAAUGCACCAAAUUACUUCACUGUUUCUUGUGAACAUUUUUGGGCUGAAAAGUUACUGAUUACUUGAAAACAUAAUUUCGCAAACUAGUCACACAUUUUCCAAUUUUUAUUAAAUUAUGUUGCAUAAUUUAAUAACUGGAAGAACAGACUAAAUAAUUUAGUGAAGUACUUCAAAAUACAUUUCUAAGAUGUUAUUUUCCCUCAAUGUAUUUGAAGAAAUCUAAUUAUUUAUAUUAUAAAUCUGUUGCCCAUACACUAUCGUAUCAAUGUAAAAUCAAAUUGAUUCCACUGCAUGAUUAUCUUUAUAAAACAUUGUGUGAUUUGGAGAUGCAUGGCAUUUUCUGUUUAGCCAAAGUUAAAAUUCUCUGUUAAGUUUGCAACAAAAACAGACUAUAAAGUGUAGGGCCAAAGAGAUUAGUGGCCCCUAAAACUUGCCCUGUGUUUGGGAUAUUAAUGUGUCGGAUAUUCAGAAUAUGUUGUGAUCAGAUGCUAAUGAGCACUCAGGGAAGGCCCAGAACAGACAUUUUUAAGAAUCAGUGGCACAAGUAGGCUGAAAUUCUAGGAGAGAGAGUUUAAACUAAGGUAUCUUAGUCUGAGGUUGGAAUCUGCAUAGGCAGCUUGAGAGUAAUAAACCAAGAAACUGUGAGCAGGCACUGGCACCAUCAUGCUAUACUGAAAUAAAGGGACUUCAUUGUACUGAAUGAUGGUAGUAACAAGACCCUGAAGGAAGUAUUUGAAUUUGCUGGAAGUUUACACAUCCUAAAUAAAACUGCUAGGAAAGAAGGAAGCAUGUUUUCUUGGAAAACAUUUAUAAUAGAUGCCAUUUGCAGGCAUUCUCAUUUAAAGAAAUUACUCCCUUCUCUUUUCACUUCUCACUGUCUCUGCCUUUAUGGUCAAGUGAUUUGCACUUCAUUUUAGAGUCUGCUACUUCAUAGCCUUUCCAGAAACCUCAUUUCCGUACAAGAAUAUGAAUAAUUCUACUGUAAACAGUGAACUCUUUCCUCCUUCCUCAGCUUGUUUUGUUUUCUUUGACCUUUUUUUCCUCCUAGCCCAUGCUGUCCUUUUUCUCUUCAUAUUUCUGUUCUGUUCUCUUAAUUAAUUACUCCAUUAUUUGCGUGUAAAUUUAUAAAAUAUACAUAUGCAUUCUAUUCACCAGCCAUCCUAGACUUUCAAGCAUCUGUCUCUUCUCCAAUAUGCUCUCAUUCAGUCCUAAAACUACACUUCUGAGCACAGAGAACAGGAAUGAUGUACGCUUAGAGCCACUAGCGCGUCUUUCUCUGCUACUGCUGCCAUACCACCCUGUACAAAUAAUCAAUAAGACCAGGUUAGGGAAAAGCAGUCCUAAGAUUCUGGUGUUCACUCCCUUAAUAACAUAGUUUUAACCACAAUCCUGAUUAAUAUUGGCUGUAAGAAGAGCGGGAGAGAUAGUCUUGCUAUGCGAACAGAAUUUCUUCAAAGAUUAUUGAUACGAAAGUCACAAUAUGUAAAUUACUUUUUAGUCAUCUCUAUUUCCUAUGUCUAUUUCAAGCUCAGUUAACCAGUUAACUUACUAUAUGGGGCAGUGGAGGAAAUGUUUAACUUGCACUUAUCACUGCAAAGCCAAAAUAGCUACUAUAGAGUGAAUCCUUCCUGGCACAAGUCCAUACUAAUGCACUUUUUAAAUUGUAGCUGCAGAAUUGUCCUAGGUCAUAGAUGAGUCUGAACCCAGUUUGAUUUUCUUGUGGCUUACAGGACUCGCAAUUAGAAAACCAUCUUUUGAACAUCUGUAGCUUUGGAAGCUGAGACAAGACAUGGAGUUGCCACUGUGGUGGUUAUAGAGCCAUUUUAAGUUAAGCACCCCGCCAGCAUCAUUGGUUUCUUCUAAAUCAUUAGAUGGUGAUCCUAAUUUGUCUUAUUCAGUCAGUUGUGAUUAGUCUAAUUAAAACAAUGCCAGGACAAAGUUGGUGGUAAAAGAUUUCAGUUCAUAGUAUUUCGCUCAUAUGCUCUUACAGACAUUUUCCUGCUGUGAUUUAAAAAUGUAUUGAUUCUUAAGUUGACUUCAAAACUAGUUCAACUGAACAUUUGCUGCUGUCAUACUUGUUUUCUCUUUGAGUUUUUCUGCCCAAUAUCUACACAACUUUAUUUGUUACAGGCUGUGACAAGGGAAUCUCUCUUUUAAAGGUGUAUUUCAGAUCCUAAGAUUUUAUUUAACUUUGCAAACUGUGAAUAAAAGUAUGCAAGCAACAUAUAAUGUAACACUGUCUGUAUUAAAUAGCAAUUACAUUUGGAUUUUUUUUUCGGACUCUUGACUUGUAUAGUCACUAUUUUAGUGAAAUUCAAAUACUGUGUUCAUGAAUGUAAUAUGCACUCCUUGCAUGAUGUGCUUCUGCUACAAAGGC